AUGGAUGUUUUUGGUGUAUCAGAUCCAUAUGUUAUUCUUGAAUUAUUACCAUCAACACUUUAUCCAAAGCGUCCAAAAGAAUAUAAAACGAAUACAAUAAAACGAACACUUGAUCCAGAAUUUAAUGAAUUGUUUCAAUGGCAUCAUCUUCCAUUAAACGUACGCACAUCUGAUGCUGUUUUACGUCUGAGUGUUUGGAAUAAAGGUACGGUAAAAAAGGAUAAUUUUAUUGGUGAAUGUUUUAUACCAUUAACAAGUAUUGAAUCAUUAAAAAACUGUGCAUCAAUACGUGAUGUUCCUGUAUCAGAAGUACUUUUGAGAAGACAAAAUAAAAAUGCUCAACCAAGAGUAUUUGAAUUGAUUCGAAUUCGUGCAAAAUUUGAUCAAGAAGCAGCUCUCUUUCUUAAACAACGUGCUUGUGCAAUGGCAUCAGAAAAUGGAAGUGAUGAUAGAAAUUCAUCAGGUUCAUAUGCUAGUACAGCUUUACGUUCAUUAUCUUGUAUCAUGCCAUGUAAUAUUGGUUUUGGUUUUCGUUCAACUGCUCAUGAUCGAUUAGAUAUUGAUGAUGAUGAAGAAACUAAUUAA